AUGCAUGUUUCUUGUCUUUUAUUAGAUGCAUCAGCGUUGUCAUGGACUGAAGACCCUAGAAAUACAGUAGCAGUACACAAUACAGCUGUUACACUGAGAUGUGCAUUUGAUGGUCCACAGCCUAAUACACAUCCACAGUGGAGGCAAAUAAAUGACCCAACAACCCCGUGGGUUGUAUCACGUGGUGCUAAUAUUAACACUGAUGAAUGUAGUACUUGCAGUCUAAGUGGUAACCAUGGUAAUGGUGAAUUCUAUCUGACAAUAAACCCUGUGAAUGUGAACACAGAUGAAGGAUUGUGGGAAUGUGCAGCAUUCGGUGUGGAUCCUAGUUUCAAGUCAGCUACAUUGACUGUAUUAGAUGCACCAACUAUUACAUUAACUGAUAAAAUAACAAUAAUUGAAGGUGAGAGUUUGACAGUAACCUGUCAUGUCAGCUCAAAUCCUGAGGCUACAGUAACAUGGGAGGAUUCUAAUGGUGUGAAGAUUAAAGAUGAUAGUUUGUUGGAAUAUACUGAAAUUCACAGAGAUGAUGCUGAUAAAUAUACAUGUAUAGCUACCAACACUUUGUAUACUGGUGUAACUGAAAGGAAGUCAUUCACAAUCAUUGAUGUACAAUAUUUGCCUACUGUUAUUAGUAAAAACACUUUUGCUGGUGAAAUUGGUGAACCAGUUGUAAUGAACUUAACUGUAGAUGCAAAUCCUUCUCUCACCACCUUCAGUGAAUGGAAGAAUGGAAAUGUAACAUUAAGCAUUAAAACUGAUUCAUCAUCAAGCAGUGUGGUCUAUAUUGAUGAGGUAACUGAAGAAUAUUUUGGAUUCUACAAUAUUACAGCGUCAAACAGUGUUGGAGAAGUCAUUAUUCAGAUUCAGUUGGUGCAAAGGAAAUGUGCUGAUAAUGUAUCUCUGAGAACUGGACCUCCUGAACCACCAAAGAACAUUGUUAUUGUGGAGACUGGUUAUGAACAACUUACUGUAGAAAUAAUACCAGGAUUUGAUGGUGGUGAACCAGACAACAUUGUUUAUUACCUGCAAUAUGGUCUUGAGAAUAAUAUGACUUAUAAACCAUGGCCAGAAGAUGGUGGUGGUAGUGUGAAUGAAAUAUUGACAAUAACAGGUUUAAAUGUUAAAACUACAUAUGAAUUCAUAUCACAUGCUUCAAACAGCUUUGGUAAUGGAGAUUUAUCAAACAUUUACCGUUUUAAGACAUAUGUUCUUAUAUGGGCUAUGUAUAAUGCAUGGACUCUAGUAGACAACUGUUGUUUUGGAUUGAAGAAACAAGAUCAAGGUGAAACGCCGAGUAAUCAAGCUGAUUGCCGUUCAUUGGCUUUAAAAAAUUCUAUCCACACUAAUACCUCAUCAGCAGAAUAUGCGACUAUUAUGCCUAUGGAAGAAAUUUCCGUCAAGAAUGAUACAGGUGUAUAUGAAGAUCUUCAUAAAGAAAAGCCAAGAAAUGAAAUAUAUAUGAAACUUGGUGAACAAAUAUGGGAAAUUCCACCGGACAGGUUACAUUUCAAAGAAGCAUUACAUGACGAUGAAGAACGUGAGCGUUUUGUGGCUGAUGCUUGGUUUGUUGGUGGUAGAGAUGGCGUCACACGUGUCGAAGUAGAGAGAUUAAAAAGACAUGCGAGUCAGAGGAUGAAAGAUAUCUUUGUAAACCAAAUAUGCAUAAUGAAGACCAUAACUCCACAUCCAAAUAUUUUAACACUAAUAGGAUAUUCUACUGUAACAGAACCACCGUAUUUCGUACAGGACUACAUCGGAAAUAACAGCCUUAAGUAUACAUUAUUGAAAAGCGCAAAGAACAUUAACGACGAAAAGGAAGAUAACGUACUCGUAUAUGCAUUACAAAUAGCAGAAGCAAUGGAACACUUGGAAACACGUGAUAUUACACUCAGAAACCUUUGUACCGAAACGAUUAUUGUUGGAGAAGGGAACAUCUGCAAGAUAUCAAACAUGAAGUAUGCUGUCAGAAAUAAUACAUCAACCGCCGUAACUAAUACUUUUCUACAGGUUGGAAUUCAGCAUCGUUGGAAAGCAGUAGAACUUUUCUCUGAUGAUAAUUAUUCUUCUAAAACUGAUAUUUGGGCUUUUGGUGUUGUUUUGUGGGAGAUAAGUACUCUAGGUGGCGAACCUUACCAGGGAAUGUCAGACGAUGAUGUAAUUAGGAAGAUACAAGCAGGAUAUCGAAUGUCAAAACCAGAACACUGUACCAGUAACAUGUAUUUAUUUCACCAGUCAUGA